AUGAGUGGGAACAUAAAAGCAAUGGGGCGGUUGAGGGUAGCUUGUGAAAAAGAAAAUGGAACUCUCUCUUCAAAUACUGAAACUACUAUCGAAAUUGAUGAUGUAAAUGAGGUACUACUUGUUGGUGGGUCAACUAGGAUACCCAAAAUACAACAAUUGUUGAAAGACUUCUUCAACAGGAAAGAGCCUUCUAAGAAAAUCCAUGCUGAUGAAGGGGUUGCAUAUGGUGCAGCAGUUCUUACUGCAAAGUUAAGUGGUGAAAGGAAUCAAAAAGUGAAGAACUUAGUGUUGUUGGAUGUUGUUCCUCUUUCACUUGGUGUAAAUCUGCAUGAUGGCUCUUUAUCUGUUAUAAUCAAAAGAAAUUCCCCAAUACUAGUCAAAAAGGAAAGAAUAUAUUUUCCUAGUAUGGAUAAGCAAAGUAGUAUAACUUUUAAUGUCUAUCAAGGUGAGAGAAGUAGAGCUAUAGAUAAUGACUGGUUAGGGAAAUUUCAAGUUGCAGUACCAGUUGCACUAAAGGGUAAAUCAAGGAUAAAUGUGGUCUCUGAAAUUGAUGUUAAUGAGAUUUUAAAUUGCUCGGCUGAGGAGUUAACCACUCGCCAAAAGAAAAAGAUUAGAAUCAGCGAUGACAAGCAGAGACAUUCAAAGGAAGAGAUCGAAAAAAUGUUGAAAGAUGCUGAAAAGUACAAACUUAAUGAUGAGGAGUAUAAAAAGAAGGUUUUUGCACAUAAUGUGUUGGAGGAAUACAUUUACGACGUGAAGCCCAAAAUUAAAAGCAUUGGAAGCAUUGAUAACACAAAGAUCCACAAGGAAGAAUUGGAAAAAAUGGAAAAUGUCAUAAAGAACGCAAGACACAUUCUUGAUCUAAGCAAGCUUGCAUAUGUGGAUAAGUAUGAGAAAACACUAAAUGAGCUGGAAAAGGUAUGUGUUCCAAUCAUUGCCCAACUUGUGAAGUAA